AUGGAAACCACCGGUAUGGAUCAUCUUCAUUUCUGUCUUCCGAACGCAACGAGAACUAUGUCAGAAUGUGACAAAUCCAAAAACACAAUUACCGUCUCAAAUCCAAAUCCGAAUCGUAAACCAAGCACCACGGAGCAAUUAGUCUUAUUAACAUCAUCAGCUUUGGUCUUACCACCACCAGCACCGGUCGCUCCACGAGAUCUAUGGACAAAUAAAGUGGAAUUUCUUCUGUCAGUUAUUGGCUAUGUCGUUGAUCUUGGUAAUGUUUGGCGAUUUCCGUAUAUGUGUUACUCUAAUGGAGGUGGUGCAUUUCUCAUCCCGUAUACGAUAUUUCUAUGUCUUAUUGGUAUCCCAAUGAUGUAUCUCGAAUUGUUUUUGGGCCAAUUUUAUCGUUGUGGAAAUAUUUCACUUUGGGGAAGAAUUGCUCCAUCAAUGAAAGGCAUUGGAAUAGCAUCAUUGUGCAUUGUCACUGCAAUAACAUUAUUCUACACGACAAUUAUCGCGCAUGCUCUAUUUUACUUAUUUUCAUCAUUUCGUGAAGUCAUGCCUUGGAGUUUGUGUUCUCAUUCGUGGAACACACCGUUUUGUUCGGAACGAAUGCGAGCAGACAAUAUUCAGAACAAAUCCAUCAAUGAAACGCAUUUCAGCGACAUUCAGCAUCUUUUAUCUUCGAAUCAAACUCUACAACUUAAUAUAACUGGACCCACACGGGUGUCAUCAGCUGACGAAUAUUACCAUAUUUACAUGUUAGGGAUAAACCGUUCCACAGGUUUGACAGACUUGGGUCCAAUUAAAAUUGAUCUAUUACUGUGUCUUAUUUCAAUUUUUAUUCUGAUGUACAUGUGCAUCUACCGUGGAGUAAAAAGUACAGGCAAAGCUGUCUAUGUCACCGCUAUAUUACCUUAUGUUGUCUUAAUUAUUUUACUUAUUCAAGGUCUGCAAUUAAAAGGUUCACAUUAUGGAAUAAAGUACUUUCUUCAGCCAAGUUUUGAAAAACUGAAGGAUAUAAAAGUUUGGUAUUCUGCAGCGAAUCAAAUCUUCUUUACGUUGGGCCCUGGAAUAUCGGUUUUGACAACCUACGGUUCGUAUAAUGUGACGAAUAACAAUUGUUAUUACGAUGCAUUAAUUGCGGUCAUCGCCAACUUUUUGGCGAGUUUUCUCGCUGGUUUUGUCGUGUUUUCGGCAUUGGGUCAUAUGUCAUGGCGUUUGAAAAAAACCAUUGAAAAUGUUGUUGACCACGGACCGAGCUUGUCAUUCAUUGCAUAUCCAGAAAUAUUGGCAACAUUUAAAUAUCCAACAUUCUUCUCCAUUUUAUUCUUUUUGAUGGUCAUCAAUCUGGGAUUGGACAGCGACUUCGGCGGUUUAGAAGCGAUAUAUUCGGCAUUGAGUGAUGAAUUCCCAAUAUUAAAACGGCAUCGAAAAUCUGGCAUGUUUAUUAUGUGUUGUAUAUUGAUUGUUGCCUGUCUACCAACAGUCACGCACGGUGGCAAUUAUGUUGUGCAAUUCCUGGACCGAUUCUCGACAGCUCCAGCCCUGAUGCUGGUCGUGAUGAUGGAAGCAAUUGCUGCUACUUGGGUCUACGGUUUGAAUAAUCUCAUCAACGACAUUCGUAUCAAUCUUGGCUUCGAACCCAAUAGAUUUUUUCGUCUUGCUUGGUCAGUUCUAUGUCCCGUGAUUAUUAUUUUACUAAUGGUUCUGUCAUUUACAUACUCUGAGGAAUUGAAAUAUGGCGAUUAUCAAUAUCCGUCAUGGUCUAUUGCGUUAGGUUGGCGUAUCAAUCUUAGUUUCAUCUUACCUAUUCCACUCGCUAUGUUGUAUGCAUUUUUGCGUUAUUCGGAUUCGAGAAUUCCGUUUCUUCAACGUCUUCGACUUUUAUUCGUACCGGAUAUCACCAAACGCAAAGUGAAACAACAAAUUGAAAAUGGCUCUGGACUUCACCUUUCAUCGUCAUCAUCACCAGUCGCUUGUGUUUGA